ACGAAAUUUCCCCGUACAAAAAUACGGUGAUAACCCGUCCGUGUUGACAGCUAUGGGAUAAUGCAUUGAAACGUUGAAGAACAACACAAUCAACAACACAAAUAACAAACAACAACAACAACAACGACGCUAAUUCUGGGCCCUCUGUGGUGGUGGUGGUUGCCACCACUCGCGGCGCUGUCGCCAUGGCAACGCGGACACCCACCACCCGGCGCUUUAAAGUUUUCACUUUCCUCGUGGCGAGUUUUAAUUAUAAUUUAUAAUCUCUUGGGCUUUAGCGUCGCUAUUCUAAAUCGUAGUUGACUGUUGAAAGCGGUCGGUAAUUCGCGAUUUUAUUUUAUUUUAAAACAAAUGCGUAAGCUUUGUUCGGAAACUUUGGGUAGACAUUCGGUGUGCGUGGCGAUUAACUCGUAAAGGACGGCGGUAAAACUAAAACUUCUUACUUUACAGCGACUAAACAUUAAAGUGUGCAGGUUUACACAUUAAUACGAGCCGUAUCUUGUGUGUUGUCAACUUUACAAGUCUGAAAUCUUUAGUCAACGCCGUCGGGAUGUUCGUCACCGUUAAAUACGGAGAGCGACAGCAGGCGCUAUUUAACCCGUCUUGCCAGGCUCGCCUACUGCUUCGCUCCAUCCGCAUCAAGCUUGGCUGUGACCCUGAUGCGGAGCUGGAGUUGUGCGACGAGAUGGGGCAGCUGAAGCACGUGUCUGCAUGGCCGGAGCGGCUGGCGAGCGAGCUGCUGGCCGAGAGGGAGACACUGGUGGCUGUGCGAGUCUUCAGAGAAGGUGACCAGUUGACGUAUCGACCUCUACUGGAUGAUCCAGACAUCGUCAACCCCAAGUUUAUCGCACGCCUGAGCAGCCGUGACAACUACAGGCCAAUGACAAGUGCCAGGAACAAGAUCAAGAAAGUGGCCAAGAAAAAUCCUGCCAACUUAUCCACCUCCAGCUUUGAUGGGCCUCCAAAAUCUCUUGGGUGCUCCAAUGGCAAGCUGGCCACAGUGAGAAGCAGAUCUCGACAGUCCAAAAACUGAGUUUUAAAAGUUACAAACAAAACGCUGUGGAAUAUGUAUGAUUUACACUUAUAAUGCAUAACUGGGUAUUAAUCAGUAGCUUGGGUAAAUGUGCCAUCCGAUGCAAUGCUUAAUUCAACCAACGUUGCAAACAAGUGUUCACAUCGUGAUAAUUGUUUUUUUUACCCUUCUAUCUGGCAACAAAACUGACACCUUUUUAUAAGGAGUCAUGUUUGCAUAGACCACAAUACCUGCAGUCAUAGACCACAGGUAUUGUGGUCUAUGCAAACAUGACUCCUUGUAAAAAAGGUGUCAGUUUUGUUGCCAGAUAGAAGGGUAAAAAAACAAAUAUCAUAUUUUUUACUGGCAAAUGAGGUUCCAAAAGUGUUCACAUCGUUUGUAAUUGUAUAUGCAUAAUGUACGAAUAAAAGUUGUAGCACCUUUA